AUGGAGGAGCCUCCCAGGGUGAGACAUCAGGGACAAGGCGAAGGAGACAAAGCUAAGGACUCUGUAAGGCAAGAGGAGGAAAAUAUCUUUGCAGCAGGCUGUGGUGUGACUUGGAUUAUUGCUUCAGAUGCAAAGUCCAAAAAUCUCAGAACAAAAGUAGUUCUGGUGACAAGUUGUAAUGAGAAAGAAAGCUCUGGACUCACCAACUCCGGAAAACCUGUACGGGUCUAUAAGGAGACCCCUGCUGAGCUGAAUUUGACUUCACAGUAUUGCCAUCCGUCACAACCUCAUGUCGUUAUGGAAUGGACAGAACAAAGGAGGACAGAGGGGGUUACAAAAGUGGAAGAAAUUGUUCCGAAUGUAAUUGAACCCUCCUUCGGCCUGGGUAGGAUCAUGUAUACGGUAUUUGAACAUACAUUCCAUGUACGAGAAGGAGAUGAACAGAGAACAUUCUUCAGUUUCCCUGCUGUAGUCGCUCCAUUCAAAUGUUCCGUCCUCCCACUGAGCCAAAACCAGGAGUUCAUACCAUUUGUCAAGGAAUUAUCGGAAGCCCUCACCAGGCAUGGAGUGUCUCACAAGGUAGACGAUUCCUCUGGGUCAAUUGGAAGGCGCUAUGCCAGGACUGAUGAGAUUGGCGUGGCUUUUGGUGUCACCAUUGACUUUGACACAGUGAACAAGACCCCCCACACUGCAACUCUGAGGGACCGUGAUUCAAUGCGGCAGAUAAGAGCAGAGGUCUCUGAGCUGCCCAGCGUAGUCCGAGACCUAGGCAAUGGCAGCAUCACAUGGGCUGAUGUGGAGGCCAGGUAUCCUCUGUUUGAAGGGCAAGAGACUGGUAAAAAAGAGACAAUCGAGGAAUGAAGACAAUUUUGACAACUUUUGACCACUUGCGCUGAAAAACAAAACAAAAAACUCUUAUCAUGUCCACUUUACAAAAGAAAACAGCAUUGUGAUUACUCCCAGGGACUGUAUUUUAUCUUCAGUGGCUGCCUGAUUUUACCCCCACAAUUAAAGUUUGAAGGAAUCCUGAAAAAAAAAAAAAAAAAAAAAA